AUGAGGAAGGUGGAUGUGGCGAACAAACUCAAGGGUACGAAGUCCACGCCCGAUGGAAUGCGCAGGAAAAUUACCCCCUUUCCUGGCAUGGAAACCCCAGAUCCAAAGGGGUUGGGCGAGGAUAUCGAGACUGCGGCGUUGCGCGAGGUUAUCGAAGAAGGAGGAGUGAGAGCUCAACUUGCGCACAAUCUGGGCGAGUUGAAAUUCAAGGACGGUGAUAAGAGUUACACCUACUUCUCGUACCUGAUGAAAAGCAACAAAAUCUAUGACGACUGGGCCGAGAGUAUUCGCUACCGUUUAUGGGUGACACUCGACGAUGCCUUGGUAAUGCUUAAAGGGCGCGAACAUAUGGUCCAGUUGGUGAAGCGAGCAAAGGCCGUUGAUAAUCAGAUCACAGCCGGAAUAAGGCCUGCGGUCGACGCCGAUCUUGGCGCAUUCAAGCUUACCUAA